AUGGCGGCGAUUGCGAGGAACAACGCUUUCGGUGCUGGAGCUCCCAGCUGGAAUCUCUCAUUCCCAGCUGGUGAGCUCACCGCGGCUGAGAUCACUGCGUAUUGCCCGCAUUGGUUGAAGUCCAUCGAUGUUGUCAACCGGUUCCUAUGUCACGGAGCCCGGACUGUUCACAUUGCAGCUUUGCUGAAUGAGUUCCGGAAUUUCCCUGAUAAUAGGAUAUUCAGCACCAACUCAACCUUGGUAAUGAUGUCGUACGCCAUGCGCAAGGCGGGAUUCGACGGAUGGUGCGUGAUGACGCACUUUAAGUACUCACGCGAGAACUUCCUCCCAGAGAGCGGACUGAGUGUCACCAAUUUCCGAACCCCUUGCACAACCCAACCCAGGGAUGUGACUUCUGAGGACUCACAUCAUGCUGUCAACCAAGAGGUGCGCCCGGUACCAUUCAAGGACUUGGCCAAACAUGUCAAGAAGCACCCCUCCGGAGACGAUGCGCUCGACCUUGCACGAUGCGUGCAAUAUGCAGUCAAGCAUCCUGAUGAAGUGUGGCUAUUUCCAACCGACUUUCAAAGCCUUACUGCACAUCUUGGUGGGCCAACAACUAUCACACCCGCCCAUCUCGACGAGGAGGUGUUCGCUCGCCGCGACGACGUCAAAAUUCCCACCACAAAGCGCAAGAGGUCCACUGCCAUCAAACCAAUCUCCAAGAACAAGCAGCCCGUCAGCCAGCAGCAAACCAACAAACAACUUACCGGAGCACAUAGUUUCAUCAACAUCUUGUCCAAGCCAGGCCCAUCGCAGCCGCGAAAGCGAGGAAACGACCACCUCGCCGCCAAUGACACCAACUCUGCUGAAGAGUGCGAGGCUGUUCAUGAGGAGAACGAGCUUUUCGGACAGCUUGCCAAGAAGCGCAAGCUUUCUCGUGGUCGCUCACUCUUCAACUCAUACAUUGAUGAUGACGAGUUUCUCCCCGAUGAGAAUGAGGCAAGUGAGGACAUCCCAAAAAAAGGCUUUGGUGGGCCUGAGCAGAGCGAGUUGCCUCACAAUGAGGUCAAUGGGAGUGUCGCUCUACACAAGGCUCGUGAUGGCAAGCGGGCGGCUGUUGAGCCUGAGACUGUCGCUCCUCAGCUCGAUCUCGGACACAACUACCAAUAUACACAACCAUACACAGAACCAUACGUACAACCUUACGCCACCACCGCGAACCCCCUCCCUGUCCUCCUCACCCCUCCCAUCCUCCCAGCCAAUCGGCUCCAGAUAACUAGCCAAAACAUCCAUCAUUACGCCCUCCCCCCCUUUGCCUCCCAAAGCGACAUGUGGACCACCGCCUUUCAUUACAAGCGCUUCGGUGGCGCGCGCCAAUCCGCUCCGUACCGCGAGUUGCACACCCUGUGCUGUCUCGACGAGAACGACACAGGAGAUUGGGCAGAGAACAUCCGCUUUGCCACAGAGCAGUGGCUGUACUAUGGAACCAUUUGGACCGAGUUCGAGGGCCAUCUCAAGAAGAUCAGGAAGGCCCGGUUGGAGUGGGGCUGGAAGAGCCCGGAGGCUAUUCGCGCAGAUGCGAAGAAGGGCUCGCGGGCCGCGUAA